UGAUAUCCCACCCGUUUGACCUGAUAUCGACGAUCGAACACCACCAUGGCGUCCCAGAGCAAGCCUCGUAUAGUCUCCCAGCGAGCACAAAAUGCGUCCGAGGCCACAUCCAAGAACCUGAUGUGGGAUAUUAUGAGUGACGUCUGGUGUCCAUCCGCCAAUCCCGACGGUUAUGUCAAUGUCGGCGUCGCAGAGAAUGCUCUGAUGCACGACGAGCUUCUUAAAUUCCUGAAUAGGAAACUGGAACUGCCUGCGAAUUAUUUGACAUACAACGACGGUGGAGGCGGAUCCUUACGGCUUAGAAAAGCUAUAUGCCAAUUCCUCGACCACCACCUGAAACCCGUGAAAUCGCUUGAACCCGGACAUAUCAUCGUCACAAAUGGUGUUUCGCCUGCUAUCGAGCAUGCAUCUUGGGCGUUCGCUGAUCCCGGCGAAGGGAUAUUGUUGGGUCGGCCGUACUAUGGCACAUUUAUACCUGACAUCUCAAUGCGGCCAGGAACUCAGGUUGUCGAGGUAGCCUUUGACGAUGUCGACCCGCUUGGUAUUGCAGCAGUUGGAAAAUAUGAGGAAGCCCUUCUACAUUUCCAGCAAAGUACUGGCAAACGUGUUCGAGGACUCAUGCUCUGCCACCCACACAACCCGCUUGGGCGUUGCUAUCCUCGCGAAACAAUCAUUGGAUUGAUGAAGCUGUGCCAGAAGUAUCACAUGCAUCUCAUCAGCGACGAAAUAUAUGCCCUAUCAGUGUUUGAAAACAAAGUAGAUCAUGACGGCCCACCACCGGUGGAAUUCGAGUCGGCGUUGUCGAUUGACCUCACCGGUAUUAUCGAUGCUGAACUAGUCCAUGUUCUCUGGGGAAUGAGUAAAGACUUCGGCGCCAAUGGGGUGCGCCUGGGAGUUCUCAUUUCACAGGCGAAUGCCGACGUGCAUCUGGCGUUGAAGAGCAUCUCUUUGUAUUCCUACUCGUCGGGGAUUGCGGACCACCUCGCAGCACUUCUUCUGGAGGAUAAAGGGUUCACAGAUGCGUAUAUCAAAGAGAACCAAAAGAGACUGGCUGAUUCAUAUGCUUAUACCGUGGACAUUCUUAAGCGCGAAGGUAUCGAGCAUGCACCGGGCUGCAAUGCUGCAUUCUUCCUAUGGGUUAACUUAGGGAAGAGAUAUCGCGAACUACACCCUGGAAUUGCAGAUACCGACCCCGUUGGGGACAGAGUCAUGCAGCAGCUGUUACGGCGCAGGGUCUUCCUGGCGAGUGGCGAGCUAUUUGGUGCUGAGAAAGAUGGGUGGUUUAGAAUUGUCUUUACGCAGCCCAGGGAGUACUUGAAAGAGGCAUUAGACAGAGUAUACGCAGCAAUCAGAGAUUAAAGAGUAUUACAGCCCUGUGAGAGCCAACUAGGAGAUAGGCAGAAUUGAAUGCCGGGAUGCACGCUUCAGACUGAACCAGUGUUUUAGCGUCCAUGAAUCGAUGCCACACUAAAUAAUGAACGACCGUUUAACUCGGAG